UCCAUAACGGAAAAAUAGUUUUUAGAAGUUGACAAGAUGUUAAGGUUACGUCAGUUACAGUUAGACUCUAACCAUUGUCACUGUGUAUAUGACGAUAUCGCUUGCGCCGGUUGAAGUGUAAAUUUGUGCUUUUUUUUUUUGAUUAUAUAUUUCAAAUAUUUUGAUAAAUCAUGUCAAAUACUGACAAAUAUUACACAGCCGUUCUUCGAUUAGUAUUAGAAGCUGGCUCAAUUGUGAGAGAAAAAAUUAAUCAACCUAAGGAUGCAAUGACAAAAUCCUGUGAAGUCGAUCUUGUUACCGAAUGGGAUCAAAAUGUUGAAAAAUUAUUAAUAGAAGGAAUAUCUUCUAAAUUUCCAGAUCAUAAAUUUAUUGGCGAAGAAGCUAGUUCACUUGGUAGUAAAAUAGAACUUACAGAAGCACCGACAUGGAUCAUUGAUCCAAUCGAUGGCACGAUGAAUUUCGUGCACGGUUUGCCCCAUACUUGUAUAUCAAUCGCAUUGCUUAUUAAUAAAAUUAUUGAAAUUGGUAUAGUUUAUAAUCCAAUUUUGGAUCAACUUUUUACUGCUCGUAAGGGUCAAGGUGCAUUCUUAAAUGGACGUCCUCUUCAUGUUUCUGGACAGAAAGAAUUACGUAAAGCUCUUAUAAUGAUGGAAAUGGGUACAAGUAGAGAUCCAGAGAAAAUGAAAAUUGUAUUGGAAAAUGCGAAUAUUCUUGCUCCACACGUUCAUGGAAUACGAGCUCUGGGAUCUGCGGCUUUAAACAUGUGUAUGGUUGCUUUGGGUGGAGCGGAUAUUUCUUUCGAAUUUGGUAUUCAUGCAUGGGAUGUUGCAGCUGGUGAUAUCAUUGUAAGAGAAGCUGGUGGAGUAUGCAUAGAUCCAGCAGGUGGACCGUUUGAUGUCAUGAGCAGAAGAGUUUUAUGUGCGUCAACAAUGGAAUUAGCACAAAAAUUAGCUAAAGUAUUAGUUCAGUAUUAUCCCGAACGAGAUUAAAAAUUAUCAAAUACGUAUAUAGAAAAUUAUAAAAAGAUAUCUUCAGAAAGAGGCCUUGUUAAAUGCA